AAAAAUUAGAAAAUCCACUACUCCGGCCACCACCGCCGGCUCCGGCGUCAAAUUCGGGGAAAAGCUCCUCUACCUCGAAUCCAUCAAAGCUAACCCCACCAAAGCACUCUGCAGAAACCCUAAUUUCCGUUCAGCCCCAAUCUCCACCAUCACGCAAUGUCUCUCUUCGAUGGGCAUCGACCUCGCCGCCGCCCGCCGGAUUCUCGACAUCUAUCCUCAGCUUCUCACCGCUGACCCCUACACCGGCGUUAACCCAAUAUUCCAUUUUCUCCGAAGCCCGAAAAUCGGUUAUUCGUGUGCCCUAGAAUACUCGUUUGAGGCCCACAUUGGAGUUCCGGGCCGAAUUAGGCUUCUUCGGCCCAAAUUGACAGACAUCUCAAAUGCAGAGUCCUCGCCGAUACCAGAGACUGAGUUUUUUGUCGGGUUAGGGUUCGAAUAG